CAUGCACAUUUGCCGCAUGUGGCGUCAGCCUGAUGAGCAUUGCUGCCUCCCAGCCUCGUACAUUGCGCAACCUUCACACCCCAGCUCCAUUCUCUGAUUUUUAUCUUUCCAAUCCCCAUUCGUUCUCACUUGGCCAAUUCAGAUUGCUGAGAAUGGAGAGAGGUGGACCAGAAGCUAAUGAAUGUGCGAUUUGCGAAGAGCGCGGUGAAGCAGGGUUUUCGCGGCUUCGGGAACUCAAAUACGCUGUCCAGGCUGGCUGUGAUGCUUGUAAAACGGUCUUGACAGGUCUGGAAGCUUUGGCUCCUCUAACGAACCGUCUCCAGACCAUUACUGAUGGGACAAUCUUGGACUGGCGUUCUCAGCCAAGUCGGAUGAGCCCAUUGGACAUUGGAGUCGAUUUUGGGUAGUGGUGGCAAUCGGUCAUCAUGUACACCCAUCAUGAGACCUACAACGAGCGUUCAAUAUUCGGUGUUUUGAGAACAGUUCCUCAAGACUCAGCUUCCGACAGUACGUUCAAUCUUGCUAGGACGUGGCUGGACGAUUGCUUGCAGAACCAUCCGUCCUGCUCAGUCAAAAAGAGUGAUGGCACGAGGCAUCCUGCUCGAAUCCUUGAUAUCGAAUCAUUGCUAGAUAAUUCUGCCAUUAAGCUCAUCGACUUUCCCAUCAACCCAAUUUCAUAUGUAACGCUGUCCUAUUGUUGGGGAUCUUCCGUACCCCUCAAAACCGAAUCACAUUCUUUGACACAACGACAAAGCGGAAUCGAAUGGAGCACACUACCAAGGACAUUUCAGGACGCCGUAACCAUCACUCGACGUCUCGGAUACAGAUAUCUCUGGAUCGACUCAUUGUGUAUCAUCCAAGAUUCUCCACCAGACUGGCAGACAGAGUCCAGUAAGAUGGCUGAUGUAUAUGAAAAUUCUGUUGUCACCAUUGCAACUCUGUGGGCUUCAGAUUGUAAUUCUGGUUGUCUUAACCAACGUGACAUAUCUGUUGUGUCUAUCGACCACCGUAUGCCAGAUGGGGUGAACCAAACGGUCCAUGUAUGUGAAGCUCAUGUACACCCUGUGAUACUCAAUGUGCCGAUCGCAUCCUGCCCUCUGUACUCUAGAGCAUGGGCAUUUCAAGAACGUAUUUUAUCCCCACGCGUUCUCCACUAUACGGACUCCGAAGUCGUUUGGGAGUGUCGUAGUGACUUGAAGUGCGAAUGUGGUAGUAUCGAGUUCGGUAUGGAGGUAUCUAGCUUAGAGAGAUCCAAAGACUUGAGGGAGACGUUAAUGUUGGUCAGCGAGUACUGUAUGCGAGAUCUAACUUUCGAUGCAGACAAGCUUCCAGCUAUGUCAGGAAUCGGGAAACGUCUUUGUAGGCUCGAAUGGGGGAGCUACUUUGCCGGACUG